AAGCAGAUUCACACGUUGACUCUGUUUGUUCUUCCUAUGUCCUCUUUGGUUUUGGGAUUAUUCUCAGUGCCCUCACUCCCUGUCCUUUUGUAGCCGUUUCUGGAUCAGGCCUGGCUGCCACCUGCAUCCCCUUGCUCAUUUGCUGAAUGAGCUGCACUCAGCAAGGUGUCGUGCAUGGGAAAAAGAUGGGAGUUGCUGUAGCACAUCAGAGGAGGAACAGCAUUCGUUUAAGCCGUGGUCUGUUAGGUCCCACUCCUGGAUUUCCUUCUCAGCCUUUCCCAGACCAGGUGUCUUCAGCACUGCCCGGGGCUGUGUCUGGGGAUUUUCCAUUCCUAAGGCGUGGGUGCAUGGAGGAUGAGGAAAAGCCCCAGAGUUCUCUCAUGAGGAGGGGCUGCAAAUCCAGCUGUGAGAGCUGCAAGGUGGAAAGACCCUCCCUCUGCCUGGAAGGCAACCGGAGAUCCAGACGGAGCUCAGGGAUGGUGGAGAUGCCUCUUGGAGGGGAGAAGCCCCACAAGUGCUUGGAAUGUGGGAAGGGUUUCAGCUACAGCUCCAAGCUCAUCCGGCACCAGAGGAUCCACACUGGGGAGAAGCCCUAUGAGUGUGGGGAAUGUGGGAAGAGCUUCAACCAGAGCUCCAACCUAAGCCAGCACCAAAGGAUCCAUACUGGGGAGAAGCCCUAUGAGUGUGGGGAAUGUAGGAAGGGAUUCAGAGACCGCUCCAGCCUGAUCCACCACCAGAGGAUCCACACUGGGGAACGACCCUAUGAGUGUGAGGAAUGUGGGAAAAGCUUCAGCCAGAGCUCCAAUCUGAUCCACCACCAGAGGAUCCACACAGGGGAACGACCCUAUGAGUGUGGGAAAUGUGGAAAGAGUUUCUGCACAAUAUCUUAUCUGAUGCUGCACCAGGUGAUCCACACAGGGGAACGGCCCUACACCUGCUUGGAAUGUGGGAAGAGCUUUGGGUGGAUGUCCUACCUGAGAAGACACCAGCGCAUCCACACCGGGGAGAAGCCCUACGAGUGUCCUGUGUGUGAAAAGAGGUUUCAGACCAGCUCCGAUCUCCUUGUACAUGAGCGGAUUCACACAGAGGAGAGGCCCUUCCGCUGCCCCGACUGCGGGAAGGGCUUCAAGCAAAACUCCCACCUCAUCAGACACCGACACAUCCAUACUGGGGAGAGGUCCUACGAGUGUCCUGAGUGUGGGAAGAGCUUCUCGCAGAGCUCUCAUUUGACCCGACACCAGCAGAGACACCGACACAUCCAUACUGGGGAGAGGUCCUACGAGUGUCCUGAGUGUGGGAAGAGCUUCUCGCAGACAACCUACCUGAGAAGACACCAGCGCAUCCACACCGGGGAGAAGCCCUACGAGUGUCCUGUGUGUGAAAAGAGGUUUCAGACCAGCUCCGAUCUCCUUGUACAUGAGCGGAUUCACACAGAGGAGAGGCCCUUCCGCUGCCCCGACUGCGGGAAGGGCUUCAAGCAAAACUCCCACCUCAUCAGACACCGACACAUCCAUACUGGGGAGAGGUCCUACGAGUGUCCUGAGUGUGGGAAGAGCUUCUCGCAGAGCUCUCAUUUGACCCGACACCAGCAGAGGCACCGCUAAGGGAAGCCCUGUGAGUGCCCCGAGUGUGGGAAGAGCUUCGUGCUCUGCUCCAGCUCCAUGACCCAUGAGAGGAUUGGUGUUGGAUGAUCCCCAGUGACCCCCGUUGGGCAGAGCCCUGGUUAUCCAUGGUCCUGGUGAUCCCUUUUGGGUGGGGGGAUGGGAUUGGAGAGAUUUCUUUCCCUUCUCCUUAUCCUACUGUGAUUUGGUUGGUAAUAAAUUCACUCACUGUGCCCAGGCUGGGUCUGUUGUUCCUGUUUUUCUCUUUGGUGACAAUCUUUCCCUGGUCUUAUCCCAACCCAGGAUCUCUUGGUUAAAUUUUCUCUCCCCUGUUUUAGCUGGAGAGGGGCAGGGUCAGCGUGGCUUUGGUGGGUGCCUGGCAUUGGGCCAGAGUCACCCAGGCCAUGGGCACCCCUGAGAUCCCAGUGUGGUGAUGCAUUCCCCCACUUCUAGAGAAAGUGCUGAUCCAAACUAUGGCUGGGAUGAAACAUCAUUAUGACUGGAGCCCACUCUCUUGUAACCCCAUCAACUGAAAUCUCAAAGGAGACCUUUGAGCUCUCCUGGGCCACUGUGGGCUGUGACCAGCAGUGUCCCUCUGAGGGGGUCUCUCAGAGCCAGCAAACCCUCGGCUUUGCUGUGCCUGGAGGAUUGCUGAAACAUGACGUGUCCUGGGCUGAUCCCUUCACUCCUCAAGGCCUGAUCCUUCAGCCAACAGGAGAUGCAAAACCAUCUGAAGGGAGGAUUUCACUGAGCUCUGAGGGGAAUUUUUCACAGGUGCCUUGCUUGCACUGACUGUUCAUGUCUGUGUGCAUGCCUCUGAACAUAUGCUAUAACAA